AUGAAGUUUCUGUAUGCGGCUUCGCUCCUGCUUGCCGGGGUUGGCGCCUCGCCAAUGCCGAAAGAUGAUGGCAAUGAUACGGUUUUAGCGGCUCGGGCAACCAGCUUCUGGUAUGCCAACUUUGACCACACUGGGAGCCCACGGGGUUACGCACCGGACCUCGAUGGCGACUUCAACUAUCCGGUCUACAUGGCAGUCAGUCCAGGCGAUGGCGCUGGUAUUCAGCGAGCAAUCAACGCCGGCACAAACGGCGGAACUCGCCAUCCGCAGUGGCUAGCCUCCCAGCCAAGAGUGGUUUACAUCCCACCGGGGACGUAUUCUAUUAGCUCCACAAUACGUAUGAAUACUGAUACAAUCUUGAUGGGUGACGCUACCAACCCACCGAUCAUCAAAGCAGCAGCAGGCUUCUCCGGCGACCAAACUCUUAUAUCUGGUCAGGACCCCGCAACAGGCGUAAGCGGAGAGUUGUCCUUCGCCGUUGGGCUGAAGAACUUGGUUCUUGAUACUACGAGUAUUCCUGGAGGAAAUGCGUUUACUGCUCUGUGGUGGGGUGUAGCGCAAGUAGCUCAGCUGCAAAACAUAAAGAUUACAAUGGCUUCCUCUAGCAAUGGAAACGGGCAUACGGGUAUAAGGCUUGGUCGAGGUUCAACUCUUGGCCUUGCAGAUGUGAGAGUCGAACGUGGCCAAAAUGGAAUAUGGCAUGAUGGACACCAACAGGCAUUAUAUAAAUCCAUCUACUUUUACCAGAACACAGUCGGCAUGCUCAUUUCUGGAGGCGCUACUAUCAGUAUACUUGCCCCUACCUUCGAAACCUGCGGAACAGGAGUUCAAAACACAGGCGGUGACCCUUGGAUCGCAUUAGUGGAUGCUGUAUCUAUAAACUCUGGGAUCACCUUCGUUACUACGGGAUUUCCUUCGUUCUUGAUUGAGAACCUGAGCAAGGAUACCGGAUCUAUUGUUGCUCAGGGGCCAUCAGGAACAAUACUCGGUGCUCAAAGCCAUGUCGAUACCUUUACCUACGGAAAUACAGUUGGCCGCAACCCAAUUUAUGGGGCGACGACAACCACAAAUAGUCGCCCCAGCCAGCUUGCGCCAAACGGUAAAUUCCCUGUCGUGCCCGCGCCGAACUAUGCCUCGAAUACCAUUAAUGACUUCAUCAAUAUUAAGGACCCUAAUCAAAACGGAGGUCACACUGUCCUGGGGGAUAACACUAAAGACGAGUCGGGAGUGUUGAAUCAGAUCCUCCAAUUUGCAGCUAACAAUAAUAAAAUCGCUUACUUCCCGUUCGGUAAGUAUAGAGUAGACAAUACUCUCCUGAUCCCGAAGGGUUCUCGUAUCGUAGGUGAAGCCUGGGCAACCAUUACGGGCAAUGGCGCCAACUUCAAGGAUUCCAAUAACCCGCGCCCCGUCGUUGCUAUCGGAAACGCCGGCGACGUUGGCACGGCACAGAUCCAGGAUAUGCGAUUUACCGUUAGCGAUGUGCUUCCGGGCGCGAUCAUCGUCCAGUUCAACAUGGCGGGGUCUUCACCAGGUCAAGUGGCUCUGUGGAACUCGAUGAUAACUGUAGGAGGAACGCGCGGAGCCUCAGCGCUGACGAACGCUUGCACCGAUGCCAAGAAUGAGUGCAAGGCCGCGUUCCUCGGCAUGCAUUUUGCACCCACAUCCUCCGCAUACGUCGAGAACGUUUGGAACUGGGUCGCGGACCACAUCACUGAGGACUUCUCCGGUGGAUCUAGCAUUGCAGGCAAGGGCGGUGCGCUCGUUGAGUCGACAAAGGGCACCUGGCUGCAUGCUCUCGGCAGCGAGCACUGGUGGCUUUACCAGUUGAACCUGCGCAAUGCCAACAACGUCCUCGUCUCCAUGCUGCAGUCAGAAACCAACUACGACCAGGGUGAUCACGUACAGCAAACGCCACCGGCCCCUUGGGUCGCCGAUGUGAACAACUGGGGAGAUCCAGAUUUCUCCUGGUGUAGCGGUGGCGACACGCGGUGUCGCAUGGGCUUCGCGAACUACAUCAACGGGGGCUCUAAUAUCUACACCUACGCCUCCGCCAGUUGGGCAUUCUUCUCCGGGCCUGGGUACCAAUCUUGCGCAGGCGCCUAUCAAUGUCAAAAUUACAUGCACUGGAUUGCGAAGACGCCUGCCAACCUCCAGGCAUUCGGUCUCUGCUCCAAAGACACAUGGGCUACGCUGCGUCUUGCUGAUGGAACAGCUAUCAUCUCGCAGAACGGAUUCACUGGGUCCUGGUCUGGCGGUGGCGGCGAUGUCGGCCGCUAUACGCCAUAA